UCCUCCUCUCUUCUGCGCCUCAAAAGUGCCGCUCACGGUACGAAGUCUGCUUUUCUCCGUUUUCCUUUCAAGAUGGCAUUCUUAAAAUUUCUUUACUCUGUUAAGAACGAGCUGAUCCUCUUCUCCACUCCUUUACUUUUUCUUCCACUGCCUUUAGUGAUCGGGACACAGGAGGCGGGAUGUGCCUAUGUGAUAAUCCUAAUGGCAGUGUACUGGUGCACAGAGGUCCUACCUCUGGCUGUAACCUCAUUGCUUCCAGCUGUCCUUUUCCCCUUGUUUGGCAUCAUGGAGUCCAAAGAUGUGUGCAUGCAGUACCUAAAGGACACAAACAUGUUGUUUGUGGGAGGGCUUAUGGUUGCUGUAGCCGUGGAGCACUGGAAUCUGCACAAGCGCAUAGCCUUGAGAGUGCUGCUCGUCGUUGGUGUGCGUCCAGCACUACUGAUGAUGGGCUUCAUGGGUGUAACAGCGUUCUUAUCCAUGUGGAUCAGUAACACUGCUACCACAGCUAUGAUGGUGCCAAUUGUCCAAGCAGUGCUGGAACAGCUAAACACAAGUGAGGCAGAAAUGCCUCCAAUCUUCAGCUCAGAUGAGCAGGUCCAGACAUCAGAGACUGACAAUAAAGCUGAUUCACAGACAGAGAAACAGAGUGAGGGACAAGGCCCAGUAGUAGUAACUUUCUUAGAUGCAACGGUGGAGGCUGUCAGGCAGAAGGAGGCAGCAGAAAGGCGGCAAAUGUGUAAAGGCAUGACCCUGUGUAUUUGUUACGCUGCCAGCAUUGGAGGAACAGCCACACUGACGGGAACUGGUCCCAAUCUGGUGCUCAUGGGCCAGAUGAAUCAAUUGUUUCCUGAAAAUGGGGACAUUAUUAACUUUGCUUCCUGGUUCGGCUUUGCCUUUCCAAACAUGAUCCUCAUGCUCACAGUGGCAUGGCUUUGGCUGCAGUUUGUCUUCAUGGGAUUCAACUUUAAGAAGACUUGGGGCUGUGGGGCUGUGAAGACAGAAAAGGAAAUCGCUGCAUAUAAUGUGAUCCGUGAGCAGCAUCGUCUGCUGGGGCCGAUGUCCUUUGGAGAGAUAAGUGUCCUGUGUCUCUUCAUUUUGCUGGUGUUGCUGUGGUUCACAAGGGAUCCAGGCUUUAUCACUGGCUGGGCAACAGAUAUCUUCAACUCCCAAGCAGAGUAUGUUUCAGAUGCCACGGUGGCAGUCUUUAUUGCAGUCCUUCUCUUUGUUCUGCCCUCCAAACCUCCGCGCUUCUGCUCAUGCAGGACUCACAGUUUUGACACAGUACCUCGUCAAACUGCUGGCCCAACACCUCGUCUUCUCACCUGGAAAGCUGUCCAAAAGAAAUUACCUUGGGGCAUUGUGCUUCUUCUUGGAGGAGGGUUUGCUCUGGCUAAGGGCAGUGAAGUGUCAGGACUAUCAAAGUGGAUUGGAGAUCAGAUGACUCCCCUGCAAAGCAUCCCUCCCUGGGCAAUUGCCAUUGUCUUAUGCUUGCUCAUUGCCACGUUUACAGAAUGCACCAGUAACGUAGCCACUGCAACACUCUUCCUACCUGUCUUAGCCUCAAUGUCUCAGUCCAUUGGAAUCAACCCACUCUACGUCAUGGUUCCUUGUACUCUAAGUGCCUCGUUUGCCUUCAUGCUGCCUGUCGCAACUCCUCCCAAUGCCAUAGUCUUCUCUUAUGGAUACCUUAAGGUUGCUGACAUGGCCAGGACAGGAAUAGUCAUGAACAUCAUCGGCAUCCUUUGCAUUACACUGGCCAUUAACAGCUGGGGUAAAGCAAUGUUUCACUUAGACUCUGUCCCUGCCUGGGCCAAUGCCACCGGGGUGUGAGACUGGUUCAGCAGUAAGACAGGAUCCGUGCACAGGCCUAUCCACAGGUGCCAGACAAAGACCUAUGGUCAGAGCGACAGUACUGGACCACACUGUGAGCUGCACAUGUCCGAUUGCCAUUAGGACACAAGUCUCACAAAGCCUGUUUUCAAUGACACUUGAGUCUUCCUCCUAGAAGAAAGUGGUGAUCUACAUAAUUAGGAAGAAAAAUGGUUGAAUUGCAUGAAAAUAGUCUUAAAAAUGGUAUCAUAAUUAAGUUAAACUUCAAAGAAGUUUAGACCUCUUAUGCAUGCAUAUACAUAUAUUUAUUUGAAACAAUGAAAUUAUAGAAACCAUAUACAUAUACAGACAGUAUGGUGUCUGUAUUUACGUUCUUUACUUCCUUAAAUACACCAAAAGACACCCAUUUAAUUCAAUUCAAUUUUAUUUAUAUAGAGCAAAAUCACAACAGUCACCUCAAGGUGCUUUAUAGUGUAAGGUAAAGACCCUACAAUAAUUACAGAGAAAACCCAACAGUCAAAAUGACCCCCUAUGAGCAAGCACUUGGCAACAGUGGGAAGGAAAAACUCCCUUUUAACAGGAAGAAACCUCCGGCAGACCCAAUCAGAGUCACAAACAACCAGUUUGAAAAGCACAAUUUUUUCUUUUUAUCAAAAACAAAAUGGCAGAAAGUGCUGUUCAUAUAGUCAAAGUUAUUUUACAUGUAGCAAUAUUUUUAUAGCAAUAAGCCAUACUGUAAUAACUUGGUGAUGUAACUUGAAAAAAAUUGAGAUACUUUUUCUUUACUUAAUUUUCAUCUAUGCUACUUCUGCUUUACUUGACAAUACUUCCAAGUAACAUAUUGUCAUUUUUAUAAUCAUUUGUCUCACAGCUGUAGCUCCUGAUUAACUUUCUCAGUGAUUUUACACCAUGCUUUUGUAAAAUAUCACAAACCAAUGUAACUUUUCUCAGAAUUAACACAGCUUUGAACUGAUACGAUAAAAUUCUAUUUGUUAAUAAAGUAGCAGUGAUUAUCAUUCCAUAUAAUAUAACAAUGACAAGAGCAAUUCAGCUGGCUGAUAAUUACUUUUACUACUGAUACAUUUUUUUUUGGGGUCAAAAUCUGUAUUUUCACAGUUGUGAAAUACUAAAUAUUAAAUGCACACAUUGUAGUUUUGGCAGUUCUUUAAAAAAUAUAUUUUAAGUCACUUGUGAAGUACUGAAGGCUUUGAAAGUGAACAUUUCUUAACAGAUUUAAGGUAACAAAUGCAAAUGGUUAGGUUGCUCACUUUGGUAUUGAUCAAUUCAGGGCUAAUGUGCAGAAUCACAAUGUUAAACAUUUUUGUCCUUUUUGCAUCCAAACCAACUCCUUUAGAGACAUAUAUUUUCUUUGGAUUUUAAAAUUUCCACCUCGAUGAAGCAAUAAAAUCUGUAUGUAAUCUGCACAAACAGGCUGUCUUAUUGUCCUGUAAACACAUUUGAAAUGUUUGAGUCAAUACAGUUUGUCCUGACACUGUAAAACAUCGUAUAGGAAUAUUAGUUAUGUAUGAAUUGCAAUAAAGUGGUUUUUAGUAAUUACUGUAUAUAGUUAAAUAUUUUCUUCAGUUUUGAGACU